CUGGACCCCAAGAAUCUGCUUCCGAAGGAAUGGAAGGCGUUGACAAUUGACCUCAAUGGGCACCAGCUCUCGUGCACCGUCUCGUACCUUCAGCAGAACCUCAGCCAAUUGGAUGAGCUCUCAGGAGCGCCCCGCGGAAUAUUUGGGGUUCCCAUCAGCAUUGUCACUUACCGGGACCACUCCCGCAUUCCCCUGCUCGUGCGGCACUGCGCCGAGGACGUGGAGCGCCGUGGCCUCAAGGAAGUCGGGAUCUACCGCGUCUCGGGAAUAGCGACGGACGUCCAGGUCCUGAAGGCAGCUUUCGAUAGCAAUGUCAAGGAGGCCGUGACGAAGCUGAAAGAUAAUGACAUUCAUGUUGUCGCUGGGACCCUGAAGCUUUACUUGCGAGAGCUGCCCGAGCCCCUCCUCACCCAUGAGCUGAUCCCCUCCUUUGUGAGUGCAGCCGCACAGGAAGAUCCCGCAGAGAAGGAUAACCAGAUGGUGUCCCUGCUCCAUCAGCUUCCGGAGGCGAAUCUCAACACCUUCAUCUACAUGAUGAAGCAUCUCAAAACGGUCAGUGCACACGAAGAGGUGAACAAGAUGUCGCUGCACAAUCUCGCCACCGUGUUCGGGCCGUCCAUGCUGCGCACCCGGCACCGCGGCUUCCCAUUGGACGUCUCGCAGGAGGUGGUUGCCCAGGUCCAGGUUAUCUAUUACUUUCUGUCCAGGGAGAGGCUCGCUCUCUUCGAGCGGGAGCUAGGCCGAGGAUCGGUCACCGCGGCGACGUGAGGCCUAGCGCCACCCGGGAAGCCUGACCUGUAAAUA